GUGAAGGUAUGGCAUACAGGAAGGUGCGUGCGGCCCACGCAGUGUCUCUGGAGAGGGAGGCGCUGCAGGCCUCAGCCCUGGACCUGGAGUGGGACCUGGAGAAGGAGCUACAGCAGAGUUUCCCACAGCCAGGUCACCCAUAAUAAAAGUCAAAAAUAAAAAAAAAUGGAGUUAGUGACAAAAUCUUUACCUUAAACACUUUGAAAUUUGACGUUUGCAACAACUUUGAAAUUUGAUGUUUGAGAAACAUGGAUGAACUUCUUAUUCUGACGUGAGACUGUGAGAGCUAGUUGUUUUCCCUGAGCUACAGGACUCUGGCCUAGGCUUGGAUCGCUUCCAGUUGGAGUGUGUGGAGAAUCGGACCAUGGACAGCUCCAACUGUGCUAAUCCAGACCUGGACCUGGAGCCCAUCCAGCCCUCUGAGUCAGUGUCACCCCAUGGAAGGUUUGAGCGGCUGCAGUAGGACCCCAACUACAUCUCCCACUUCACCAGGGCUCCACCCAAGGGCCAGCGGAGGAGCAGCUACAGCCUGGUCAGGUACCUGCUGGCUGGUGUAGGGCUCUUUAUCCUGGGGUUGCUGAUAGGCCACUACACCCACAGCACAGACCAGCCCACUCCUGAACCCCCCAGGCACACAGACCUCCUGGAGGAGCUGCUGAGGGACAUCACGGCUAAGAAGAUCCAGGCUCUCACACAUACACCAAUUACCCCAUUACUCCCUGUUUUGCCUCAAUGCCUGCAAAUCGUU